AUGACCAAAACAGGUCCUCUCACAUUUGCCGUUAUCGGCUGCGGCACCCUUGGAACUGCGAUCGCUCGAGGGAUCUUGGAUCCACUCGACAAAGAUUCGUUUCAGAUCAAGCGUCUCAUUGCCACAGUUGGCACAGAACACUCAAAAUCUCGAGUCGAAACGGAGUUUUCCGAGCAUUCAUCUAGGGUUCAAGUCCUGCUCGCUACAGAAAAUGUUCGAGCGGUUCAAGAGGCAGAUGUUGUUCUUUUGUCAGCCAAACCUGUGAAGAGACAAGAGAUAUUCGAUGUUCCAGGGUUCCGCGACGCCCUUCGAGGCAAACUACUGCUGAGUAUCAUGGCAGGAAUUUCUACCAAGGAGCUGCAACGCCUGGCAUCGGGAGGCGAUGGAGAUUUGGAGAGGCAGCAGCCAUUGCAGGCUGUCCGCACUAUGCCCAACAUUGCCGCCAAGAUCAGGGAGGCAAUGAGUCUUUCAACAGCCAAUCUUGACAUGCUGACCACGGAGAAUAAAAAAAUCGCGUCGUGGGUAUAUCAACAGGUCGGCCAACAAAAGUUUGUCCCUGAGAGUACGUUUGAUAUAUCGGCGGUUCUGGUCGGCUGUGCUGGGUCGCUUCUUUUGUUGGCCGUCGACGGACUUCUUGAUGCUGCUGUCGCGGAAGGCGUCAAGCGCCCCGAAGCAACCGAGAUGGUGAUGAACAGUGCCCUCGGAAUGAUGAAGCUGGUCCCAGCUGGAAAUCACCCAAGCGUUCUUCGCGAGGUCAUUGCCUCUCCGGGUGGGUGUUCAAUCAGGGCUCUCUUGGAAUUAGAGAGACUGGGCGUGAGAUCUGCAUUUACGGCUGCUAUCAUGAAAGCGGCAGAGAGGUCUAAGGGAAUGUCUAAUUCAUAA